UAUCACAAACUUCGGCGAUUUCAUUCUCGUAUUAAUUUUCAACGAUAUUUCAUUAAUUUCGUAAAUUUCGUGGUGUUUUUUUUAGUGUUUUUGAUUAAUAUAUGACUUCUAGUAUCGUUAUAUGUUGUGAAUAAUGAAUAUUACCUCGAGUUACGGUGUUUUAGUGAGCUUAGAAGGAUGAAACAAAGUUGCACGAUUAAAUGAAUUUAAAGUUCUUUGCAAGUGUUAUUUUAAUUCACCACAACAUUUACUCGAUAGCACGAUCGCAAAGCAAUUCUCUAUACGUAAAUUUAGUUUUAUUCAAUGUGAAAUAAUGGAAAUAUAACAUCGAAUUUGAAAUCGCCGAAGUUGGUGAUAAAAAGUCCCGUUUUGAUAAGCACCUAAGAGCACAGAAUAUCACUGACCAAUCACGUACCACGAAUGCUAGCGCGCUCUGGGGAACGUGGAGGUCCGAAUAGGAAGCGGUUGCAUCGCCGCAGUCCACAGCUCCACACUUCCUCUAUUUGUUGCUUGGUGCCAGUCGUUGCUCUCCUACAGGCUUCAGUUGUUUGUGUGAUUUCUGUGUACUACAGUUGUGUUUUGCUUACGAUCAUAUGUUGCUAUUUAUAGUUGUUGCGAAAUGUUGCCAAUGUUUUAAUCGUUUUAAAAUAAUAAUUCUUGAAUGUUGUGCUUGGGUGAAUCGGAAGUAUUCUUCAGUUGAUUGAUACUAAGCAAGCUGCAGAUCAUGUCAGACGAUGAGAAUCUUCGUCAUGAGUUCAACGCUAUAAAACGUGAUUUUGUUGCUCCUGAAGAAUUACCGAACUCGGCGUUAGAUGAUUCCUCAGCUCACCAAAUAAAGAAACUGGAUGGAACAUCUCGCGAUGGAGUGGAAACUGCUCAUAUCGAUUUGGAAGAUAAAAAUACGUACGUCCAACUCGUACCAAGUUUGGAGGACAUGGCUACACUUGCAGCAACUUUAGAAACGUUGCAUCAUCACUACUCUGAAAACUUUUACGAUUAUUUUAAAAAUGCGAACAAUGUAAUCGGUAAAUUGAUGGUCCCAAACCGCAUCACAGCAAAAAUGACAGCACUUUGUGCUGAGAUGCAAAAAGAAAUGCAUUCACUAAGAUUUAAUACGGACUGGCAUGCACUUGAUAGGCAUAUCCUGAGAUUGGACGAUAUGUACGAUGGAUACUCGUAUUUUUAUGUCUACGGACUGGUUUGGGACUCGAAUGGCCACAUUGAUGACAAAAAAACGGUAGAGAAAGCGUUAUCGUGUUCGAGGUACCCGUAUUCGAAUGGUGUCGAUUUCAUAUUCGAAAUGAUGACUAAAUACUGUUUAGUGGAUUACAUACUGAAUUUUCCUCUGGAUUCUUUGAGUAAAGCGUUCAUUUCUAGAUCUGUGGAAGGAGACAAACUAACAAGGUACUGGAUAGAAUAUAAAAGAAUGAGUACUCAUGAUAGAGACGAUGCAAGCUUUGAAUCUGCUUUGAUUAGCGUACUUGAUUCGUUGAAAUCGUGUUACGGCGUCUAUCAAUGGUCUACGUACGAAUACUUCUGGAAUUUUUUCGAUGAAGACGAUCAAACGGAAAUUGCCAUGAAUUUAAUUCUACACGAUAGUUACAAAAGAUACCUGAAGAUUUUAUUCUCAAAGUUGAAUAAAUGUCAGCUCAAGCAGUUGUAUUCCGAAGUACCUCUUACAAUUAUCGUCAGCUUUGCGUUUUUGAGAGAAUUCGAGAUAACGGAGGCUGUUUGGGAUCGUAUCAAGUUGACAAUUGAAUGUGAGGAAUACGAACUUAUACUCGAACAUAUGUGGAAGAAUGGAAUACCAGAUGAGGAAAGCUGUAUGGAAUUUUUUAUUUAUUCAUGGAACACUGCACCUUUGAAUUUAAUCGAGUACAUGGUGAACGUGAAAAAUUUUCAAAUUGCGAAUAAGCUGAUAGAUGGAAGUCCGAUGCUUGAAAGUUCCGGUAGGUUUAAAUUUCUGAAAGCUGUUUUAUCUCGAACAACACCCGAAUUCAAACGAAGAUAUUUGCAACACGCUGGACCAUGUUUAUCUUUGAAUCAUCCGGAUGUGUUUAGUUCACUGGUAGAUCAUUGUCUGGACGAAACUGACCGUGUGGAAGUCAAGGAAAAUAUACUCAUUCUAUCAAUGGAGUCGUGUCAACCAGCUGGGAUUAUGCACCGUUUUAGAGAUCUAUUGUACUCGAAUCGCGAAGAAUUCAACAAAUUCCUCGAGUUAUUCACUUUGAACCCAACGUUACAGACACGUUUCAAGAAGUGUUUGUUAAAAUCUGGAUUACUUACCACCAAUGUGCUGUGGAAAGCUGAAAAUUGGCAAACACUGUUUCAGCUUAUUGAUGAGUUGUAUCGGAAUCGAGGAGUAGCUCGAUAUCAAAAGAGAAAAGUUGUUUUCACUUUUUCGCGCACUCACUGCAAUUAUCGCGAUUGUUACCGGCCAAAUGGCGAUGAGAAGUUUACCGAGAUCGAUAAUCUCUUAACUCAAGUUCUCACCCCUCGAGAAGUAAUCGCUGCCAAAGAAAAGAUAGGCGAUAGUUUUUUAGAAACAUGUCAAUCAAGAGGGGUGAGUUCUUUGAAAAGAAUGAAUCUGCAGAGAUUUGCUACGUGGUGUUAUUGCGAAGAUGAAAGAAACAUAACGCGAUUCAGACGUUCGCUUCCAAUUGAUAAAUUAUUUCGUGAUCUUUUAAGCGAAAUAGUUGAACGGUACGUUAAUUGCAGAGAUGUAACCUUAUCAUUUUCUUCAUUAGACGAACUCAUACGUUGGAAAUUCUCAUCGAAAAGAAGCGAAAUGAAAAUAUUCAAGUCGCGUGAAAUAAACAGAAUCAUGAAAGAAAAGGUAGAAGAAUGUUAUAAGUGGAAAAAGCACAAAUAUCCGUCUGUCUUGAAGAAAAUUAUCGAUUGGGUUUUCGAUGGCGAUAAGCAUCAGAUUCGAGAAUUUGAGCAACGUUACUCAGAAAGCGAUAGGAUGAAGAUUAUUCACUGGAUAGAUUUUUGGGAAGAGACCACCGACUGUCCAGAGUACUAUUAUCAUACCAGUGAUGAAUCAGAUAGUGGAAGGCGCGUACGUCAUCUGAAACACUGACAAUGCGUUUCACGAAUUUUGAUUAUGAUUUCGAAGACUACAUCAUUAACAUGUACGAAAAAUCCGACUAGUGCGUCUGAUUCUUAUUAAUUUUAUCUAUAGAAUUUAUAUUACUUAUGUCAUACUUACCUGCAUCUUUUGCUUACCUUUAAAAUACAAUGUGAUGAUAUUUUAUUACCUAGGUACCCUAUACCUAUUUUUACAAUUUUUUUUAAAAUCCAAUACAAAUUUUUA